UUGUUUUCUUUUUCUUUUCUGUAUUGAAACUGUAAGUUGUCCUUGUUAAACGUCACGGUUUUAUUUAUUUAUUUAUUUAUUUUAUGAACGUUAAGCAGCAAAAGCAAGCAGGCUUUUCCUGCUAUUGCUGACGACAUGUGUGUGACAUGUGAGUCCCGAGCCACCCAGUGUCUGCCUAGGAGCUGUAAACAUGUUUACCUGAGCAGGAAAGACGGGACUUUGCGCUUUCAAAUGCCCUUCGUAUAAAUAAACCCGCAGUUCCAAUUUCGGGAAAAUUAAAACGUCAGACUGUGAAAAGGAAUCGUUUCGUGAAAACUGACUUGCCUUUGAAAACAGAAGGGAAAGAGAUUCUUUAACGCUGCAGCAAAUGGCAACUUGUGCAGUUACCAGCUACAACAACGUGGUGGAAGCGAACUCCGAUUCAGAUGAUGAAGACAAGCUACAUAUCGUGGAGGAGGAGAGCGUGACAGACGCUGCAGACUGUGAGAACAAUGUGGCAGACGAUGACUUGCCGAGCAACCAUGCAGUAUUACCAGAGAACGGGCAAGGAGAGGAGGAGGAGGAGGAGGAGGAGGAAGCUUGGGAGGAAGAAACAAAAGGAGAAGACACCUUGGGGCCUGAAGCUCAGCCAGGGGACGUUGGAUUUAAAGUAGACGAUGCAUGUGACUCGGAAGCUGAAGAUGAACAAAACAAUGACCGGAUCGUAGAGGAAAUGCUGCAGCAGGGAGACACUGCUGUCAUCUACCCAGAGGCACCUGAGGAGUCACAGAGGCAGGGGACACCCGAAGCCAGCGGCCACGACGAGAACGGGACUCCAGAUGCAUUUUCACAGCUGCUCACAUGUCCGUACUGUGACAGAGGAUACAAGCGAUACACCUCUCUGAAAGAACACAUCAAGUACCGGCACGAGAAGAAUGAAGACAACUUCAGCUGCUCCCUCUGCAGUUACACGUUUGCCUACAGAACACAACUUGAACGUCACAUGACGGCACACAAAUCUGGGCGGGAUCAGCGUCAUGUAGUACAGUCUGGGGGUAAUCGGAAGUUUAAGUGCACUGAAUGUGGAAAGGCAUUUAAAUACAAGCACCACCUAAAGGAGCACUUGCGUAUCCACAGUGGGGAGAAGCCCUAUGAAUGCCCGAACUGCAAGAAGCGUUUUUCCCACUCCGGCUCUUACAGCUCACACAUUAGUAGUAAGAAAUGCAUCAGUGUGAUGCCUGUGAACGGACGUCCCCGGCCGGCGGGCAAGACAUCUCAUUGCCCUUCUCCGUCCCUCUCUUCAUCGCCCAGCACCCCUGCCAGAACACAGCUCCGGGAGAAAGGCGACAACAGCAAGCCUUUACAAGAACAGCUUCCCGCCAACCAAAUCAAAGUCGAACCUGUGGAUUACGAGUACAAACCAAUAGUGGUGACCUCUGGAAUCAGCUGUGCCACGCCUUUGCAAAACGGGGCUUUCAACGGUGGCACUCCGCUGCAGACCACAACUUCAUCCCAGGGUGUGGUGCAAGCUGUGGUCCUGCCAGCUGUUGGGCUGGUCUCCCCUAUCAGCAUCAACCUAAGCGACAUCCAGAAUGUUCUCAAAGUAGCCGUAGAUGGGAACAUUAUCCGUCAAGUCCUAGAGAGCGCCCACGCCAAUGCAGCCAAAGAACAAGGUGGAGUCCAGCCAGGGGGCCAUUCCCUCAUCUCAGCAUUCAGUCUUCCUUUGGUUGAUCAAGAUGGAACAACCAAAAUCAUCAUCAACUACAGUUUGGAGCAGCAGCCCAGCCAAGUCCAGAUUCUGCCACAGAGCUUGAAGAAGGAGAACCCCAGCCCCGUAGAAAUCUUUAAAACUGAGAAGUUACCCGAAGACCUCACUGUUAAGCCUGGGAAAAGCAAAAUUCCCAAGACUGAAAACAGCAGCAGCACGUGUCUUCUGUGCGAUGGCUGUCCUGGUGGUUUGGAUGCACUUCAAGAGAUUAAGCACUGUAAUUUGAAAAGUGAAGGUGGUGUUCUGACUUCUCAGGUUAAUGGAGAGAAUGCCGAGAAAACAGAUUCCACUGUUUCAUCCCCCACCGCUGAAGGAAGUCUAUCCCUCGGCCAGCCCCCCUUAAAGAACCUCUUGUCACUCCUAAAGGCAUAUUAUGCCUUGAAUGCACAGCCUACCACAGAGGAGCUCUCGAAGAUUUCCGAUUCAGUAAGCUUACCACUAGACGUGGUAAAGAAGUGGUUUGAAAAGAUGCAGACUGGGCAGAUCCAUGUGGGAGCUACCAGUCCGUCUGAACACGAGGACAUUUCUUCUGAAAGUGGUGAAACUCAGAAUAGUUUAGAUCCUGCAGGAGAUGUACCGGACAGCACGACAACCGCAGAGAGUCCACUUCAGUUGACUAAAACCCAAGUUAUUUUAAUAACCCCUUCAAGCAUGAAAACAAAUAGCUCCAGAACUAACACACCUUCCCCAUCACCACUAAAUCUCUCUUCAACCGGGUCUGUGCUCGUGAAGACAGAAGAGGACACUGAGGAAGGGGCACAGGCAGAACCCCUCGACCUAUCACUACCAAAGCAACCCAGAGAGGAAAUGGAACAGGCCACCAGUACCAGUGUUUAUCAGAACAGUGUUUACUCCGUUCAGGAAGAACCCUUGAACCUAACUUGCACAAAGAAGGAGCAGCCGCAAAGUGACAGUAUUAAUACAAGCCCAAAUCCUGUUUAUGUUUGCCCACCAAGUGCCAAUCCCAUUAACAUUGCUAUACCCACAGUUACCACUCAGCUACCUGCGAUUGUGGCCAUUACCGACCAGGGCAGUGUCCCGUGUCUGAGGGCUCUGGGUACCAACCAACAGACUAUACUAAUUCCACAGGUUACUUACACAUAUUCCACUUUAGACACCAGUCCUGCAGUUCCAGAAGCCCAGCAGAAAACAGUGCAAGCGAAUGGAAGCCAGGAGGAGAGGCAAGAGACGAGCUCCGAGGGCGUCUCAACCGUCGAAGAUCAGAAUGACUCAGACUCUACUCCUCCCAGGAAGAAGAUGAGAAAAACAGAACAUGGCAUGUACGCCUGUGACCUGUGUGAUAAAAUAUUCCAGAAGAGUAGCUCCCUUUUGAGACACAAGUAUGAGCACACAGGUAAAAGGCCUCAUGAGUGUGGAAUCUGCAACAAGGCUUUCAAACACAAGCACCACUUGAUAGAACACAUGCGACUGCACUCAGGGGAGAAACCGUACCAGUGUGACAAGUGUGGCAAGCGCUUCUCUCACUCAGGCUCCUACUCGCAGCAUAUGAACCACCGCUACUCUUACUGCAAGAGAGAGGCCGAGGAGCGCGAGGGCCUGGAGCUCAACGAGGAAGAGGAGGAGGGGGAGGGGCCCGGAGCUGCGGGGGAGAUCCUCCCCGGAGAGCAGCUGUCAGGCAGUCGGGCUGCCUCCCCUCCCUCCCUCCUGGACUCAGACGACAGAGAAAGCAGCACACGCGGGGAGGAGGAAGAGGAGGAGGAGGAGGAGACGGAGGAAGAGGAGGAGGAGGAGACAGAGACGAAGGAGGAGACAGAGACGAAGGAGGACAUAGAGAUGAAGGAGGAAGGCGAAGAUAUGCAAGUAGGAGAAAAGGAACAUGGAGAUUCAGGGGAGCAUCAGGAAGAGAAAGGGGAGGAAAUGGAGACAGAAGAGGGGGCAGGUGAAAAGGAAAUGGGCACAUAUGAAAAUCCAAGUGAGAUUCCAGGGGUCAACAGGGAGGAUUCAGAAGAACAUGAGGAAGAAAACGGGGAGGAAAUGGAGACAGAAGAGGGGGCAGGUGAAAAGGAAAUGGGCACAGAUGAAAAACCAAGUGAGAUUCCGCAGGUUAACAGGGAGGAUUCAGAAGAGGAAAAAACGCCAGAAAAAAUCGACGAUGACAACAAUAAAAUAUGAAAUGUAAUGGAUUAUUUUUCUAAAACAGAAGAAAAUAAUUACAAAAAAAACUGAGCGUUUACUCUACAAUAUAAAUGUUAUUGUUGAAACCGCGGUAGCUUGGAUGCUGUGUUUCAGUUCACUACUGUGUAUAAAUCCAGGUGUGCCUGAAUCUCAAAAACUAGUAACUUUUCCACAGGAGCAUUUUCAGUAUUAGAAAUUAAGUUUGUAAAAAUACAGGAAGUUUAAAAAAAAAAAAAAAAAAAAAAAAAAAAAAAAAAGUUCCAUAUACUGACUUUGAAAGCCAGAAUUAACAGGUUUUAGAUGAUGUUUUAUUACUAAGACAUCCUGGAUCAUUUCUUUUAUCAGUGUUAUUAAUUUCUUCACUCGUGUUAUAACCUUUUAAGCUGUACAGUUGGGAGAGAUUUCUAUACCUUUUUAUUGCCAACAAAGUUUGUUAAAUCAGUAUUUUAUUAAGUUAGAAAGGAAAAGAACUUCUGCACUACAGAACCCCUGGUUUACCUAAGCAAGCAACGUGCUUCAGUGUUGUCUACCCUUCAGUAUUAUUGCGUGUGGGCUUAGUUUAGAAUACCAUUUGUUUAAGUGGAUUGCUAGCCUUAAACAAGCGAGCCCUAAAAAGGUUAAAGAUGUCAGGGACAAAAAAUAAAUCAAUGUGGCGAUUGAUAUUGUAAGGAGAAAUUCCAUGCAGGGAACAGACUAUCAAAGCCAGUGGGUUUGUUUGUUUUUUUUUUUUUUUUUUUUCCAGUCAGUGUUCAGAGUUCAAAUGAAGUAAGGUGAGGUAUAUUGUUGAUCCCCCAGCCUUAUUGCAGGACCUCUGUGCUGUAAGUGCCAUUGAACAGUGUUAUUUUCAAUAAGUGGCCAUCACCAGUUUUAAUGCAGGACCCAUAUUCACUCAAAUGUGUUUGAGUGAUAGUCGGUUUGACCAUUGUCUCAAGCCUUGUCAGAUGUUCUAAAUACACGAGCAAAGUGAAGUGAGGUCAUUUGUGUUUCUUAUGUAUAAAUGCUGCAUGAAUUCUGGUUUGGCUAAUGCCUGGAAACU